AUGGACCCUGGAAGCCUGAUAGCUUCUGCGGGCAUAAACAUAGGCCUGGCCAUCGUGAUCCUCUCACUCUUCUCCAUCCUCAAGAAGCAACCCUCGUACGCCCCCGUCUACUACCCUCGCCGCCUCUCUCAGUCGCAGUCGUCGCAGCGCAACCGCAAUAACGUUCCCAGUUUCAAUGGAUCCCUCACUCCCCGCCGCUUCCUCCCUUCCCUCUCCUGGAUUAGCCGCGCUUACCGCGUCUCCGAGGAUGAGAUCCUUGAGACCGGUGGCCUCGACGCCCUCAUCAUCAUCAGGCUCUUCAAGUUUGGUAUCAAAUUCUUUUUUGUAUGCUCUCUUAUUGGAUUGGCAGUACUUCUACCGGUAAACUACAGUGGCCAGGGUCAGCUUGCUAUGAGCCGCCAACGGAGUUAUCAAGCUCUGAGCCACCAUUCCUUGGAUCUCUUCAGUAUAUCUAACAUUGAACCAGGUUCUAAUAGGCUUUGGGUUCAUUUUUCAUGCUUAUGGUUUAUAUCUCUGUAUGGAGUAUAUCUACUGUACAAGGAAUAUCAUGAAAUUUUGUCUAAAAGGAUUCAACAGCUUCGUAAUAUUAGGCAUCAGCCUGAUCAGUUUACUGUUCUAGUCCGGGAAAUUCCCUUCUGCAACGAACACAGAUCUCGCGGAUGUUGUGUUGAUAAAUUUUUCUCGAAGCAUCAUCCAUAUGCUUAUCAUUCCUAUCAGAUUUUGUAUGAUGGAAAAGAAUUUCAGGCUUUGCUGGGCCAGGCAAAAUCCAUAGAAAGAAAAAUAGAGGACUUGAGCAAGCGGUCCACAGGAAAGAAACAUAAUGAGAUGCCUUUGCUCUCUAAUCCUUCUCACCAUGAUGCUGCCAAAUUAGCUUCACAUGAGGAAAAGCUUGAAGAACUUCAUCACAAGAUUCACCAGUUACAGUCUGAAAAUAAGCUUAAAGAAAAGGAGUUACCUGUUGCUUUUGUUACAUUCAAGACUCGGUUGGGUGCAGCACUAGUUUCCCAUUCUCAGCAGCAUGCAGACCCACUUCUUUGGAUAACUGACAUGGCUCCAGAACCAAGGGAUGUAUCUUGGAGAAAUCUGGUGAUACCAUACAGACUUUUGCCACUUUGCAGGCUAGGUGUCAUUGUUGCAGCGACUCUUCUUACAAUUUUUUUCGCUAUCCCAGUCACUGCUGUUCAGGGAAUAGCCAAAUUUGAGAAACUAAAAAAAUGGUUUCCACCAGCCAAGGCUUUACAGUUGAUACCAGGGUUAAGCUCUAUCAUAACAGGAUAUCUUCCAAGUGCUGUUCUGAAGGGGUUCAUAUACAUAGUUCCUUUUGCAAUGCUGGGAAUGGCUAAACUAGCUGGCUGUAUAUCCAAAAGCAAGGAGGAAAUAAAAGCUUCCAACAUGGUUUUUUAUUUUCUGGUCGGAAAUGUGUUCUUUUGGAGCUUGUUAUCUGGGUCUUUACUAGAUGAAAUUGGGGAAUCUUUUACUCAUCCAAAAGAUAUUCCUAGUCACCUUGCUACUGCUGUUUCUGCUCAAGCAGACUUCUUUGUGACAUAUAUUUUGACAGAUGGACUGUCAGGGUUUUCUUUGGAGAUCCUUCAACCAGGUUUACUUUGUUGGGAUGCUAUAAAGUCUUGUACAUAUGCCAGAGGGAAAGAGAAAACUCCUUUUCUCUAUUCAUUACCUUACUACCGAAUCAUUCCUACUGUCUCACUGUCUGUGCUCAUAGGCAUGGUAUAUGCAGUUGUCACACCACUUCUGCUCCCAUUUCUAAUUGGCUACUUCUGUCUGGGCUAUGUUGUCUAUAUAAACCAGAUUGAAGAUGUGUAUGAAACAGUUUAUGACACAUGCGGACAGUAUUGGCCUUACAUCCACCAUUAUAUUCUCAUUGCAAUCGUUCUUAUGCAAAUUACUAUGAUUGGUCUUUUCGGUCUGAAAUCAAAGCCAGCUGCAUCCAUUUCCACUGUUCCACUUCUCUUUCUUACAUUGAUGUUUAAUGAGUAUUGCAAGAUUCGUUUUCUUCCUACAUUCCACCUUUUAUCUAUCCAGAAUGCCAAGGAAUUUGAUGAACUUGAUGUCAAGUGCAAUCAGAUGGAGUUUAACUAUGAGAGUGCAAGCAUUGCUUAUUGCCCACCUUGUUUGCGUCCCUUGAACGUGAUGAAAUCAGAGCCGAGCUAUUCACCUUCUAUUGUUUCUACAUCAUCGAUUUAA